AUGGGCGAAGUUCGAAAGCGAAAAGCAUCUGGCGAAGCCGAAGCGAAGGCGCCAGAAAAAGAGGUUGUUUUUCAGAAACAAGGGAUGGGAUUCUUCUCGGUCGUUUUUGUCGCGGCAAUCCUGGCCGGUUCUGGAUGCCAUGUUUUGAAGAAGGAUCAAGCUGCGGAAUUCGAUGCUGUCAGAGGCUUAGCUGCUCAGUUGAAAGCGGACAAUGCCAAAACGCUCUCAACAAUCGCCUCAAUGCAAGAAGGUCUUGAAGCAAAAGACUCAAUCAUCAAACGACUCCAAGAAGAAGUCACUGCCACGCACGAGAAAAACGCCCUGCUUAAAGACGAGCUAAAAGAGCUGAAUGAAGACAUUGAGAGUACCGAGGUCUCUCUCAAAGCUGAUAUUGAGGCAAAAUGGUCUGAUCAAUACGAAGAGCUGAAAAGACAAGCCGAGGCAUUUGGCAAGCUAGAGCAAGAUAUGCUCGACGCCGUAAAUACAAUCGAACUUCUCGAACAAAAACUUGGUGAUCUGCAAGAAACUGUCGAAAAAUCUUCCGAAGAAAAUGAUGCUAGAACAAAGUCAAUGAGCGAGCUUCAAUCCGAACUCGAAUCUGCCAAAACCGAAACUGCCUCAAAACUGAUCCAGCUCCAUGAACUCGUCUCCACUUCCGGCGUCGACACUGAAAAAAUCGACGGCCAAGCAGCUCAAAUUCUCAAAGUCCAGGAGUCGCUCGCUGCUCUUGAGAAAAAACUUGAGCAGGACUCGGCGAAACUCGCCGCCGAAAUUGCCAAAAGUGACGUUUCCUCUGAUUUGUCCGCUCUUGAAAAUUCUAUCAAGGAACAAAAACAGACUGUAGAAAACCUUCUCGGUGCUCUUCAAAACGCGGCAAAGGCUGAAGAUGUCGCAAAAAUAGCAUCACUUGCGAAGGACAUCCAGCAGGCGCUUUUUGAAGUUGAGCAGUCGAAGGUUAACAAGGACGAUGUUGCGCCGCUUCGAGCUGAAUUUGAGACGGCGAUAAAGCAGCUUUCUUCUACCCUGACCGCGCUUUCUGACACUGUAAAAUCUUCCGACUUGAAGUACACCUCCGAACUCGCUGCCCUUUCCAAGACCAUCGAAAACCUGAAAUUUCCGCAACCAGAAAAGACUGACUAA